UAGUUGUUCGGGAAACUGAAAACAUUUUAAAACCUAGGGUGGAUUUGUAUGAAAACCAAGUUUGUGUGUGUGUAAAUGCGAUAAAGGUCAUUAAAUGUAUUUACUCACUCAGCAGGGAAAAAUUAGAAACCAUGAUUAUGGGCGGAGCUGUUGUAUGACAUCACUGAAGGUUAGUCAAAUAAUUAAAUGAAAGUGAAGCUAAGUUAAACAGAGGAGCUGGAAGUUUUUUUAAAAACAUCAACCCCAAACACUGAAACUACUGAUCGCAUCUGAUAUUCAUCAAUAGCAUGGCGUCCUCCAGUGGUGCACUUAGUCAUGAGCUCCAGUGCUUCAUCUGUCUGGAUGUGUUCACUGAUCCAGUCACCACUCCAUGUGGACACAACUUCUGCAGAACCUGCCUGAACAAGUGCUGGACAAACACACAGACCUGCUUCUGUCCAUUCUGUAAAGAAACAUUCAGCAGAAGACCUGAUCUCAUUGAUCCCAGAAUGCAACCUCUAGUGAGGGGGACAAACCAACCCACACUCCAUCGAACACAAUCUCUACCGAAGUGGACAAACAAACCCCCGGUCCCGGUCCCGCUCCCCCGUAUCCGGUCUCUAAAGAGGAGAAACCAACCACCGCUCCCACGAAUGCAAUCUCUACAGAGGGCUCAAGUCAAUAUGAUAUCCACAGGGCCCAGAAACCAUAGAGGCAUCCCUGAGUACAAUGAUGAGAGUGUUGUGCAACACUUUCAGGAAAAGCUCAAUCUAGGAUCUGAAGUGUUUUGUGACAUCUGUGUUGAAAGAAAGCAGAAAGCCGUGAAGUCCUGUCUGAUGUGUCAAAGCUCUUACUGUGAGACUCAUCUGGAGCCUCAUCACAGAGUCCCAGGUCUAAAGAAACACAAACUGAUCAACGCUGUGGAAAAUCUGGAGGAUUAUAUAUGCCAGAAACACGAGAGACCUCUGGAUCUGUUCUGCAGAGAUGAUCAGACGAGUGUGUGUCUGUCCUGCACUGAAGGAGACCACAGGACUCACAACAUUGUUCCUAUAGAGGAGGAGAAUCGAGAGAAGUUGGUUAAGAAAAAGACGGUGCAGCAAAUGAUUCAGAACAAAAUGAAGAAGAUACAAGAGAUCCAACACUCAGUAGAACUGCGAAAAAGGAACAUGGAGAAAGAGAAAUCAGCCAGUGUUGAGCUCUUCACUGAUCUGAUCCGCUCCAUUGAGAGAUGUCAGUCUGAGCUGCUGAAGAUGAUGGAGGAACAGCAGAAAGCAGCAGAGAAACAGGCUGAAGAUCUCAUUAAAGAGCUGCAGCAGGAAAUCACUGAUCUGAAGAAGAGAAACACUGAGCUGGAGCAGAUCUCACACACUGAUGAUCACCUGCACCUCAUUCAGAUGUUCUCAUCCCCCCACAGUCAUUCACACACCAAGAACAAGACUGAGAUCAGUAUUGAUACUGAUGUGAAUGUGCUCCCUCUGCAUAGAGCUCUGACUCAACUGAAGAAAACACACACGGCACUAACUAAAAAACUCAGUAAAUCAGGGUUGGGAUGGGCUCAGAAGUAUGCAGUGGAUGUGACUCUGGAUCCUGAUACAGCGAAUCCAUGUCUAAUCCUGUCUGAUGAUGGGAAACAAGUCAGUCAUGGAGACAAUACGCAGAACGUCCCAGAAAACCCAAAGAGAUUUGAUGACUAUUGUGUUCUGGCAAAGCAGGGAUUCAGUUCAGGCAGAUUUUACUAUGAGGUUCAGGUGAAGGGGAAGACUGGGUGGAGUGCAGGAGUGGCCAGAGAAUCUGUUAACAGGAAGGGGGACAUUAGUCCGAGUCCUGAGGAUGGGCUCUGGUCUAUGGUAUUGAUUAAUCGGAGGCAGUAUAUAGCUUGUGAUAAUCCAGCAGUCGGUUUCUCUAACAGAAGGACACCUGAGAGUGUGGGAGUGUUUGUGGAUUAUGAGGAGGGUCUGGUCUCUUUUUAUGAUGUGGGCUCCAGAUCUCAUAUCUACUCUUUCACUGCUCAGACUUUCACUGAGAAACUCUAUCCAUAUUUUGGCCCUGGCCAUAAUGAUAAAGGUAAAAACUCAAACCCACUUAUAAUUUCACCUGUAAAUUGAGACAAAGUGCUUUCCCUGAAAUAUGUAACAUCUCAAAACAUUAAAUAUGCAUGUGCUGUUAAGGAACAGAACAUGUAAAGCAAAACCAAAAAAGGAAUUCACAUUCCAAAAUGAAAAAUUAUUUUUAUUAUUAGUUUAUAUUAAUGACAAUAAAUGAGUGUAUGUGUUUAAGAUCCAUGAUCAAAUAAGUUCUAUUGACCAAAAUUAAUACAUGUGUUAAGAAAAAUUUGAAUGAAAACAGUUGUUCUCAAACUUUUUUUACUCCAAGCCUUUUAUAUUCACAAAAUCCUUUGUAUCCUAGUGAUAUUACUUUUCAAUUGCAUGAAUUUUCUUUUUAAACAAAACAUUUGAAAGUGUUCUUUUUUGGAAAUAUUGUAAAAGAAAAAAGGUCACUGCAGAUAUUAUUCUAAGCACAAGUCGCCAAUCUGCCCCUGCACUACAGCAUAAAUUGCAUCUGUCAAUGGUGUCGCUUAGUUUUGUAACAAGAGCCCACACUUUUUAUCGUUUCACUCUUGCCGUAAUGACUGACUACACCUUCGAGCAAAUGUCGGCCACAUAUUUCAGUGAAGGGAAAUGACAAGCAGCAGUUUCUAAUUCGUCGUUAACAAUGAAGUAUAUGGAGAUGAAACCACGCAAGUAUCAAUAACAGUAUCGUUUGUCCUGACGCUUAUCGGUACUCCGGUAUCGACCCAAUUACGUACCAGUCCAAAACAAAAAUACCGGUUCUCGGUACUCAUUCCUACUAAUAAAUCUUUUACCUGCUUAUAAAAGUAGCAAACUGUAGGUGUCGCACAAUUAUUUACAUCAUUCUCUCAUGAAAGUAAAAUAAAUCAAUACUCGUAUAGCCCAUCUUAGCUUGACAAACCAAGAAUCAACAUAUUCUCCUCAGAAGAACUGCCAAAAUGACUCUUGCAAUAAAAAUAAAAAAUAAAUUGGCAGU